AUAUUGAUACUAGUUCAAGACUGAAGAGUUCUGUGACCUGAAUGUCGUUUGCUAAAUGAAUGAACGCUCCAAGAACGCUGCGAAGUCUCGUCGAGAGAAGGAAAACGCAGAAUUCUCACAGCUUGCGAAACUUCUUCCGCUCCCAACGAAUAUUACUGCCCAAAUGGACAAGGCAACCAUCAUUCGUUUGACAACCUCCUACUUGAAGUUGCGAAGACUUUUUCCAGAAGGAUUAGGUGGAGAAUGGGGAAGUGAUAACUCUUCUCCUGGAGAAGGAAAUUUGAAAGAACCGGGUUUUCACAUUUUGAAAUCUAUAAGCGGAUUUAUAUUAGUAUUAUCAUCUGAUGGACAUAUAAUUUAUGUUUCGGAAACCGCCUCAACGCAUCUAGGAUUAUCACAGCUUGAUUUGAUGGGCAACAAAAUUUAUGACUUUAUACACGAUGGAGAUCACGAAGAAAUGACUCAAGUCUUGAAAUUUCAGGACGAAAUGCCUGUACGGAAGUCUUUAUCAGAAGAUUUAGAAGUUGAAAGAAGUUUCUGUGUUAGGAUGAAAUGCAUAUUGGUCAAAAGAAACGCCGGUCUAGUAAAUGAUGGUUACAAGAUUAUACAUUUCAGUGGCUAUUUGAAACUGAGAUCCGUACAGCUGCAGGAUGCCGAUGUUGACAGUACAGCAAUUUAUAAGCCGCAGGUGGUUGGAUUGGUUGCGAUCGGUCACUCUUUGCCACCUCACAAUAUCACUGAAAUAAGAAUGUCUACAGAUUUUUUCAUGUCUAGAGCAAGUCUUGAUUUCACUCUCCUUUACCUAGACUCCAGCGUUUUUCAGUUUACUGGUUAUACGCCGCAACAAAUGAUUGAGAAAAAACUUUACCACUUUGUUUACGGAAAGGACAUCCUUCAGCUACAAAAGGAUCACGAAUUACUGAUUAAGAAGGGACAAGUUGUGAGCAAAUACUACCGUCUCUUGACUAAAGGUGGGGGCUGGAUUUGGAUUCAGAGUCAUUGUACAGUUGUGCACAGCAGUCGAACUUACAGAUCACACAGUCUUGUUGCACUCAAUUAUGUGCUAAGCGGAAAAGAAAAUGCAGACGUGGUGAUGGACAGAAUACAGGUUGAAGAACACAAGUACGAAAUUAAUUCCUUUAAAAGUAGCUGUGUGGAAAAUGGCAUAAAAAGACCUCGAAUCAACCAGAAGAAUUCGUCGAAUGUAGUUCAGCACCAGAAACGGAAAGUCUGCAGGCUAGAAUCAAGCUAUUCAGGGGAUGUAUGGGAAACAAACGAUAAUCGAAAUGUGGCAAGAGACAUGCGAUCUGAGGUUAAUGGGAAAGAUUUUACAUCGCUAAAGGAAUAUUCGGAAGAUAUGGGAAGCACAGAUGUGCCUCUCGAAACCAUAUCACCUUCUAUAUCGAGCAAUAUAUUUGAUUGCAAUUCCAAUGUAUCAUUCGACGCAAAUAACAUGAAUGCUAUUAUAAACAGCGAACAGCCCUGCUAUCAAGAAAGAAAACUGUCCCAUCAGAAACAUAGUUUCUGUAAUUUUGCUGAAUCAUAUGAUAGCAGGAUCAGCUUAGAAUUAUUUCUCAAACUUUCUACAGAUAAUCGUGAAUUUAGUCAAAUGAGAAAUACGCACAUGUCUACUUAUGACACGAAUUUUUUAAACUUGGGUUUAAAUAAUGAAUCAUCUAGGUUUCAAGUUUCUCAUACGACAGAUGGAAUGUUUAUCAACAGCCAUCUUCAGAUGAUGAAUAACACUGCUCCUGAUAAUUCCUUGCCAGUCAUCAAAAAAAUUUGUAACACAAAUUCCAAUCAACUUCAUUCAACCAUUGUAAUUCCGACCAAAGAUGGAAGUACCAAGGGAAAUUCAUUGAUGGUUCCACCUAUAGUUCUGAAUACCCCAUUUGCAGAUACUAAUUCUUGCAGCACUAUAGAGUGCAACCAACCAAGGUAUACAUAUUCAUCUAUUACCUCUUCUCAUUAUAUGGAGUUUGAAAAUAGCUUGUCAUCGCAGUUUAGUGUUAAUAAUGCAAGUAAACUUUCCAUUGAUUCUUCUAUUAAAAGCUGCCAAAUGGUUGAAAAUAAUCAAAUUACUUGUUCUAAUAGUUUGCAAGGAAAUCAUCAAAAAUAUUCCACAAUAAGCUCUAACCGAUGUAUAAAUGGAAUGAGGCGAUUAGAUGUUCCUCACACUUCCAUAAAGCACCAGAGUACUAGACUUAAUAUUAGUGAAAUGUUGAAUACCGAAUUUGGAAAUUCCAUGCCAUGCACAACUCCUCAAAAUUCAUGCUCCUCGCAUAAUUCAGAAAUAAUUGUUAAUGCACCUGUUCCUUCCUUUCAUAAAGAAUCUUCAUCCUUAAAUUGUGAACCUAAAUGGAUGAUAGAAGCUUCUACAGGAAAUAGUAAUAGUAAUGCAUUAACAAACAGUGAUUCCGAAAACAUUUCUUUAAUCGUACCUGGAAUCUUAAAUUCGUUAAAUACCUAUUCAGAUACAAAUAGAACUGAUCAUGUUGAUAAAUCAUCAUGUUUGUAUAAAAAUAUUCCUAAUUCUUUUUUAAAUACUGUGGCAUCUGAAAGAACUACUUCAAGCCCCGCUUUCGAGUGGUCUGAUUUGAUGAAGCGAUCAGGUGCUACUGAACGUACAGUUACAUCUACUUCAUCUUCAACAAAUAGUGACUUGUGUGAUAAUUCUGAUGCAAGAGAUUUCAGUUUUGCCACGGAAACGUUUUCAUUUGUAAGUAGUGAUAAUUCAUUCAUCCCCGGCCUUUCGUCAUAUGUUGGUGAUUUUUGUAAUGCGGUGGUAGGAAACUAGAUGACUGGAGAAAAAUACAGCUUUGUGAUCAGUGAUGCAAACAAUAACUCUAAUUCGAAAAAAGAAAGUGACCAGAUAAGUCAGUCAUUUAUUUGCUAAACGAUUGUCCUAUAAACAGAGACAGCAAUGUUUUAGUAACAGAAAAAAAAAAAAAAAAAAAAAAAGAAU